GAUGUGGUUUAUGAAAACAAGGAAUCAAUAAUUUAUAAGCAAUUCGAAUCAUGCCCUAGUUAUGAUCCAAAUUAUGAUCCAGGCAAAUUUUCAGGAAUUAGUUAUGUCACGCAUCCUGAGGCUAUUUAUACAAGUCGACUUUUGAGUUUUGGAGGUCUUCCUAAUCCCGUUAACGUUAUUUCUAGUAUGGCAGAAACCAAACAGCUUGAACUCGUGAUCCCAAAUUUUUUAGAAGACAUGACAAAUACAUCCGAGGAAGAUGAACAAAAUGCGUUAAAUGGAACUAAGCGGAAUAAUUCAUCUUCAAAUUGCUUACUCAUUAAGCUGAAAUUUUUUCGAACAAUGGACUUUUAUUUGAAUUCCUGGUCGACAGUAAUUACUUUGAACAAGGAUAAUGUUUGUAACGAGGAGAACUUCCGGAAUGGAGCAUCGGAGACAACAUCGGAACCAGGCAUCGGAACCAACGACCUUACUUUAUCUGAUCGGUUACCGAAUGCUACAAUUCCAUCCAAUAUACGAAAUCAUGUCAUCUUUCACCGAUGGAGUAAAAUGAAACUAAAAGCAGUAAAACGAAGGUGGUUAACCGUGAAUAAUCUGACCGGUUAUACAUUUAAACGAUUCGAGAGUUAUUUGUCGCCAAAAGCACAUCUUGCCCACGGUAGCUCCACAUUAGCACAACAUCCUGUGUUUCAAGAAGACAAUCGAGAAAGUAUGGAAGAAUUCGUACCUGAAAUUGAUUUGUUAAUCAAAUCUAAAGUUGUAAAUGAUACUAAUGAAAUUGCGAGAUUACUCAAGAAAAUUGGUCAACAGCUUUGGCAGAACCUUGUUAAUAAAGAGAAUGUGAUUACUUUAAAGAUGGCUGAUCGUUGCUUGUCCGUUUAUAAGAUCUUUAAGGCCGUUAACAAUAUUGCAAAGAAAGAUCUAAUAACGAUUCAUGAGAUAUUAACAUUAAAAGAUUUUUUAUUCAAAAGGGUAUUGCGAACCAAUAAUGAUUUAACGGAUUUUUUCGUCCGUGUUGAUGAGCUUCACAAAUCAAUUAGAGACAUUCAAUGCAAUCAAGCCAAGGGCAUCAUCUUUCAAGCCCAAGAAGCAAAGGAUAAUUCCGAAAAAGUUAACAUAAUUAAGGAUGGAUAUCGAGAGCUUAACAUGUCAUUGCAUAAACUACUUUAUGAUAUUACGCAACUCGCAAUUGACGCCCUUCAUGACGAUAACAUAAACAUGCAAAAAUUUGCGGUUGUGCUAUUGGGAUCGUGGGCAAAAGGUACAGCCACUCCCUAUUCAGAUAUAGAAUUUUGUAUUCUGAUCAAUGACCAUAAUCUAAAGUUGAAGGAAGCGUUGCAACGGAUGGUUCAUUUGAUGAAUUUUAUCGUUAUCAGUCUCGGACAAACCGCGCUUCCUUGGAGUUUAUUUGAAGUCCCUAAUAAAAUCAGUGGUAUCGAUUUUGACGACCUACUCAAACCCGGAUUUCAGUUUGACUUGGGAGGAAAAACACCGCUUGGACGUUCGGAUAAGGAUUAUGAUCUGAUACAAACCCCUCAAAAGAUGGCGAAUUACAUCAACCCCAUCACGUUCGAGAACGACCCAUUGCUGGUAACCGAAUUAAUCGAUUGUCGAUUCUUGACAGGAAACGAAAAGUUAUAUGAAAAUUACAAGCAAAUGGUCAAGCAACAGUUGCUGCAAAAAGGAGGCGUGGAUCAGUUGCCCUUUCAUAAACGGAUGGCCAAGGUGCUACUGCAGAUUGGUACCAAAAACUUGCAAGCUGAUUUAGACAAGUAUAAAAUCCGCAUCGAUAAGGUCAGCGAUGAAGGAAAGUUAUUAAACAUUAAAACUGAAAUUUACCGCUUACCGGACAGAUUAAUUGAAGGGUUGCGGAUCAAUUUUGCAACGUCUGGUGAAACGAUAUGGGAUAAAAUUUCAGGACUCUUGGAAAUGAAUAUUUUCAAUCAAACGGGAGCGGCUCAGCUCGAGUUUAUGACUGCCGUGGCCUUGCAAGCCCGUUUGUUUACCUAUCUCACUCAUGGUAGUCAAAGCGAAAGACUAAGUAUCCGGAAUGCUACCGAGUUCUCCAGCAGCUCAGAAGUUGAAAGUUUUUUAGGCAUAGACGAUAUCAGUGAUCUAAUGAGGUUUUAUCAAAUCGCGAUACCUCUUUACCAUUUUGUAAAAACGAGUAUUGAUCUGGAAACUCCGGAUCAGAUUAACACCAUGGAAAACUUUUUGGAUGAGAGGAUAACGACGAAGGCCACGAUCUGCUUCCGGUUCAUGUUGUAUCGACAAGCAGAACUCUUGUUGCUUGAAGCGCAAAAGUCGGGAUCAGAGGAUGCUCACUUUCAAUUGUUUCGAUUGUACUUUCACUUGGAGAAACCGCGAUUAGCUUACGAAGCCUAUAAAGAAUACUUGACGCAUAAGACACCAGAUAUUACCGACCGUUUCAAUUUAGGCUACCUAAAAUUGGCGUUGGAAAACCAUAAGGAAGCACUCGAGGAGUUUAACCUUAUCCUAAGUGAGCUUGCGGACAAUCAUCAAGAGAACUCCAUAGAAUGCGUACAAGCACUUUGCAUCACUGCACAAAUUGAGAGUCUAUUAGGAAACCCGAUGGGUGAAUCGAUUCAUUUAAAAAAAGCCAAUGAGACGGUUGAACGUAUCCCCGACCAGCUGAAAAAUCAUGUGAUGAUUGAUUUUUAUAUUAGCAACGCGAAAUGGUAUGCGAAUCAAAAACGAUACGAUCGCAGCAAAUACUACGUUGAAUGCGCCCUCGAAUAUACGGACAAACUUUAUGGAAAGCGAGCACAUACCAAAUUAGUCGACAUAUAUCAACAAGCGGCUGAAAUCGCAGAGCGAUUCAACCAGCGAGAGCAAGCCGUAGAAUAUAGAGAAUUGGUUAUUAAGAUACUCACCACCCUCUACGCAGGUAGAGUUGCAAACCGGUUGCUAGCGGCCUACAUGGAUCUCGCCAAUACGUUAUGUCUUGUUGGAGAAUUUGUUCCGGCUCAAAAACAAUUGGACUAUGUUUCCUCAUUGUUAUCUGUCGUAGAACACGAGCUCACGAGCAAAGCCAUUAACUUUAACCUCUUGCAUAGCUACAUGAAACUUGAGCAAUCGAGAAAAGGCUACAAGAGCGCCUACGAGUAUUAUGAAAAGGCCAUGACGUUGUAUCAAAAUACCUUUACAAGAAAUUCUUAUCAUCAAUUGCAACUCGCCAAAUUUUAUCUGGAUGCUUUUGAUAUCUGGAUUCACUAUGAUAAACGGCUGGAAAGCGAACAAAGACUACGUGAAGCUGUUAAAAUUAUUACCGAAUACUGCGGUGAAAGUCACAGCGACCUCGCAAAAGCAUAUUACCAAUUGGCCAUCCUUGAUCUACUUGGAAAGGAGACAAAGGGUGCGGAAGAAAAAUUGCUGCAAUCAUAUCGUAUUUACGAGGACCUGCCUAAGAUUUAUCCCGACUAUCUAGCCACUCUCAUGAAAUUAAAUGAGAUUUGCCAACAAUCUAAGGAGGAAGGGCGCGCCUUAUUGUACGCUGAAAAGGCUUAUCAAUAUGCAGAAAAAUUGCAACCAAACUUACUGCUAGAAGCCAUUAUGCGCUUUCUCGAUGCUGUAUUGACAAGAAAGGAUUAUCAUUCGGCUUUACCGCAUGUCGAUGCCAUGUCAGCAACAAUAGCUAAUUUGGAUGAUUCUUAUUCAGGAAAUGAGCUCGAGCAACUAGAUUAUGUUUCGUUGGAAGGAAUUCUAAAAAUUAAAAAAUUAAAACAAAAGCUGCUUGAAGUGCAGAUCAUGUCGUACUUUUCAGAGCAUAAUCAAGACCAAAUUUUAGGAAUGACAAAUCAACAAGUUGUCAUGGCAAUAAACAAAGGGGAAAUUAAUAAAUUAGCAAGCAAAUUAUUGGAAACCGGUGUAUCAGGAUACAAAUGGGAUAUAGCAUUAUACCAAGGGGAAAUUAAUAAAUUAGUGGGGAAAUUGUUAAAAGCGGAUGGUUUACAUCGGCCUGAUUUAAUUGAAUUGAUUAGCGGCUAUUCAAAAGUGAUAGAUAAUGGACAACGAUUGUUGGAUGAAAUUCGCGCACACGUAUCACCUAGAAAUGCGAUAGAGACCCUCUUUCUAAAGGCAAUCAAAGCGGAAACGUCUCCACCUGAUUUUGAUUCUAGACAUUAUUUAAGGAAUACGCUCGAAAAGUACUCUAUUAAUUGUGAAAACGAUGAGGAAUUUGAACAACUGUUGGAACUAACGGGACAAUUUCCGAUUACUAUGGAUUUGGCUGCCGCUUGCAUCACGAUUGGCAAAUCGAAGAGUGUUAAAGCCUAUUGUGAUUUUUUGCAAUCGGUCAAGUCCGAGCUUCAUACCAGCCUUAUUCACCUUAAUGAUACAUGCACAUAUUUUCUAUUUAAUUUUUCGGCUAGUAAAUUAAUUUUGGUUAAUGAGUUUAAAACGCUUGCCGAAAACGAGGCAAAUUAUACCGAAUUGAUCAACAACGAUUGCUUGUUUUAUUUAAUGCAUCUCAUAGGGGAUAAGGCUCCUAAGGAUUUCUUUCGGUUCGCAUUAAUUCAUCUAGGUUUAACCGAAGAACACGCAAACCAUAUUCUCUUGAUCCUAUUCAAUCUCAACUGGUUAACGAGUGAAAACGAAUUUAUUCAUAUCCGCAAUUUCGUUGGAGCGAUCUUAAGUUUCAACUUUCAUAAAAACUACAUAAUAUAUGCUUUACAAAAGCUCAUUAUAGCUUGUUACCUUUACCUAGAGAAACGUGACAAGGUGAAUGCCGAAUGGUUACGAGUGAUGGAUAUCUAUUGUCAGACCUUGCUUAAACUUCACGUACCUCUCAAUAAGCAAAAAGAUGAUAUGGAAAUGGAUAUCGUUAUUUUUUUCAGGGACCAUCUUCUUAACUUGUGCAGAAUUUCUAAUAACUUGCAAAGGUUCGAUCAAAAUACUUAUUUAAAAUUAUUGAUUGAAUUAUAUGAUAAGUAUGACAUAAACAAGAAUUCUAAGGAAUAUGCGGAAAUUAUCACUUUACUUGCAUUUGCUGAAUACCAUGCCUCAAACUAUCAUCAAAAAUUGAAACUACUUCAAGAGGCGCAUGCCAUUAAAGCCCAAUUAUAUGAGAAAGAUGACCCAUUAUACGCGCGAAGCUUAUAUGAUCUCGCAAACGCAUUCGGAAAUAUUGGAGAUAGCUCAAAACGAUUAACCCUUGGCACGGAAGCUUUGGAAAUCUUUAAACGCGAUUAUAACUUAACAUAUCCUAGUUUAAGUAUUGAAGAACGAGCGGAGAAGGAGAUCAACAUACUCAACACCAUGGAGACUUUAGCAAAUGGAUACUUAGGGGUUGAUAAAACGCGACAUAUAGAAUUGUUAAGGGAAUGCAUAAAUUUCUAUAAUGAUCAUCAUCUCGAUAGGCCAAAUAUCAAGGAAAGGACAUUACGUGCACUUAUGGAGGUCUAUCAAGAAAGCAAGAUGCCUGUAAAAAUGCUGGAUGUAUAUGAGUCUUUAGAGUCUUUACAAAAACAACUCUACCAAGAAGGAACCCAAGCCUACGCGUAUAAUGCAGGUUCUACCUUGUUAUGGUUGGCAAGUUCACUUAACAUUUCAAUAGAUUUUAACGUUAUAGCAGAAUCGGAAGAGGAAACAAGUAUCGCCCUUGAAAUGAACGUUAGAUCGCGUCAAGCUGUUUCCAAGGCCAUUCAGCUACUCUCUGCUUUUUAUCCAGAAGAUAACUAUCUCCUUACAAAUGCACACGUUAUCUUAGCUUAUACUAACCACAUGGAAGAUUACUUGAUUGUGAUACAAAAGUGGUUUGAAGUCAAGAAACGCUUUUCGGAAGGGAAUCUUGAUCAAAGCAAAAUCCUUUGUAGGGAAAUUGUCCAAGUAUCCAAAAAUCCGAUGGCAAAGAGCAUGGGUUUGUCGUCAAUCGCAACCAUUGACUUUAUUAAAGCGAAAAAAAGUGAUUCUAUGACCCAACAAAUACGGGAUGGUAUCUUUAAACAAUACCAUAAUGCUAUCGAGACUUAUGACUCGGCUAACGUACAAAUGAUGCUUUCUAUGGCAUAUUUUAUCUAUAAUUAUUACGAACAGGCAAUUAUUCACGCGGAAAAUGCUAUUCAAAGAUUGACAGAAAGUUCAAGUGCCGAUAUGUCUUUCGAAGAAUUCGAAAUACCCAUUUUACCCAUCGCGAUUCAGAUGGCAUUAAAGGAUAAGAUAGAAGACAUUCCUAUUAAAUUUUUAGCGAGAUACAUUAUCAUUAAUAGCGCAGGUGCCUUGGGGAAUAUCCAUAGCGAAAUGCAAAAUCUGGAAGAAUUUGCACUGCUUUUAUCGUCCGAUGACUCGGCCAUCUCAUACCUUUUACUCGGAUUUUGCUAUAUGAGGCAAGGUAAUUGGAGAUUAGCGUUGCAAACUUUUGGUGACGUAUUUCGAAAGCAACCGGAUGUUAAGUUGGUUAAAGUCAGUUUUGCAUUGGCUCAGUUUUGUAUUAAAAUUUCAGAUAGUAUCGAUGUUAUAGAUAUGUGCACUUUUAAGGAAAUUCAGGUAAUAAACACUAUUAUUUCAGAUUCAAAUCUAACACAACAAUUAAUUGAGUUUACAAAGCAAGAUACUCCAAAAGAUGUCAAUUAUAUAAAGAAAUUCAUCAAAGCUAUCAAUGACACUUUAAUAAAGGAUUCUCGUAAAUAG